AUGGGUAUUACACCGUCAUAUUACCAAUGUAGGGCUCAUUGCGCGGACUUUCGGAUUAAAUUAUCUGAAAGAAGUGUCGAAUCGCCAACCCAAUCUCCACAAGCAUGCGUGAGCUCCAAUACCAGGUUUCCCGAUCAGUAUGGCCGUGGUGACGCUUCCUCGUCGACAGUAAUGAAUGAACCGACCAACGUCGCGGGAGAACCAAACACAAAGCCAUCUGCAGAAACAGACCACACACAAAGCCCAUUUAGUACGGAUGCUAAGUAUGGAAUGGAGAAUAUCGCUUCAUUGGCGAAUAUGCCUGCUGGCCAAUUUGUCCUUGACUUGAUUGACCGGGCGAGAAAUACGAUGCCACUCAACAAGGUCUCCCUUGCCACUGAAGCCGAUAUUCUCAAAACGCAUUUGCUCCAUGAUCUACGCAAGUUGACAGAAUCUGUCGAUCAGAAUAUAUCUAUUUGGAUGCUAUUGACCACAUCAUAUCCAAUUGCUAAGCUCUUGAUGAGCUUCGGCCCUUCCAACGUCUAUACCGAAAAUGACAGAGCGAAGAUACUCAAAGCCACUGCAAUCGCGGUUAAUGCGGUGCAAGUCCUCGCCUUUAAUCAGCGUGGACCUCAAGAUUACAACCCUCCUGACGGUAUCGAAGUUUUCGAAGAGAUUCGUCGGCAACAUCCGAAUGAUGAAGAUUUGACUUCACUGGUGAAUUGUGCCCUCAAAGAAGUGCGGGGGUAUAUUGAAACAGAAGAGAAGGCUAGACUGGCAGAGAAGAAGGUGUAUCUAUCAGUGAGCGAUGAUGGCUAUGAUCACUGUGAUUUGUCUAUUUCGGACUGA